UCUCGACGUCGCAACACAUCUCUGUCUCAGUCGUACACCCUCUCUUUAAACUUACAUACACCAGGCCCGGACUCGAACGUCGUGAUCACGCCGUUCAGAACCGAUAGAACACUCGCUACAUAUCGGUCGCCGCCACUAAGGAAGCCAAACAACUCCACAACCUCGACUCCACCCACCCAAGCCAUGGGCUCGAGCGCCUCGCGUCCGGCACCACCACCGGCGCCAUCACCUCCAGCGAGCAAUCCAGAGAGGGGGAAGAAGGGCAAGAGCAAGGCCAAGGCCAAGCAGAAUGCCCCACCUACCUACAAGCAGGCCGUCAAGGGCGGCAGCAAGCAGUCGAAACAGCGGAAUCCGGACCCCAGCUCGCCAUCAACAGCCGCGAGCUCACCUUCACCGCAGACACCAGUCCUCUCUGCCGAGGAGGCAAAGAAGCAGCGCGAGCAAGCGCUCAAGGACAAGAAGAAGGCCGAGAAGAAGGCUCGCAGCGAGCUGAAGAAGGCGACAGCGGCUCAGGCCAAGGCGGAGAAGAUCGCACAGGAAGCCCCCCAGCGCAUCGAGGACGCACGACUCAAGGCGGCCAAGAAGGCCGAGAAGCUGCAGGCCAAGGCGUCAAAGCGGGCGGAGAAGGCGACCGCGCGCGCGGCGGAGGCGACAGGCGUAGCAGCCAACUAUGGGACAAGUCCAGUCAAUCCCCCACCGGACUGGAAGCCGCCUGUGGCCAUCAAGACGAGCACGUUUGUGACUAUCGAGAACGACUUCAUACGGCAGAAGAGCGCGCCGCCAGGCUGGGAGCCGCCGCGGCCAGUGUACAACCACAACAGCAGCAGCAGCCGCUCGGCACCAGUGAGCCCUGCCGAGCCGUCGUUCGCACAGCGCUCGCCGCCCAACCUCCCGCCGCGCCGCGCGGCAACGGCAAGCAAGGUCCCAAUCCCAGGAGCGUACCCCCGCGUCCCGCCCCGAUCACGCCUGCCAGACUAUGCGACGGGCACCGAGACGGACACGCUCGAGUACCAUGCCAACCACCGCAAGCUGGCCUUGGAGCGCGAGUAUGCUGAGAUUGAGGACCGCCGCGGGUCGCGGUAGGCGGGUGCGCGUGGCGGGUGGGAAGCGAUAUGGCCGCGCUUUGCUGCGCACCAACGUGAGCUCGCUCGAGGAGAGGCAGAUGAUUUGGGGUCCAUCGCAGACGUAGAUUGUUUGUAAUACUAUGUAUUCCGUGAUAUGGGAGGGGU